UUGAUCCAUUCAAUUGGCAAGAUAUCUCCUGGACGCUGUCUUGGGUGCCUGCUAUCUGCCUCAACAAAAUCCCCAAUCCUCUCCUCCGUCAAUUCACCAUGAUGCAGAUCAGCUCCACCGUUUCCGCACACAACCUUCACAAGUUCCAAGCCAUAAGGUGCCCCAGCUUCACCUUCAGGUCCCAAGCCUCUUCCUCCCUCAAACAGCCCCAAACCAUUCAGCAGAACCCCUUCAUCUCCACCGAGUCAACUCGCCUGCACCUCGCCAACCUCGACAAGCUCCUCGAAACGCAAAAGCCUCUCGUCCACAACCCACAACAACAACCGAUCAUCAACAAGGAUCAAAAGAAGGGAAGAAGCUUCCUUGAGGGCCUCAACCUGGCCAGGCUCUGGCCGGAGAUCAAAGCCACCGAGGAAAUGUCCCCGCGCCACCUCAAAAACCUCCAGCGCCUCCUCUCCAAGACCGCCGAAUACUCCCCGCGCAACAUCCUCGGCGGCCGCUGGCGGGAAUACCACGGCAGCAACGAUUGGAAAGGGAUGCUCGAUCCCCUCGACGAGAAUCUCCGCCGCGAGGUCGUCCGUUACGGCGAAUUCGUCCAAGCCGCGUAUCAAGCCUUUCACUCCGACCCCGCCAUGUCAACGGAAGAAGCCCCACACCCCCGCCACGUGCCACUCCCUGAUAGAUCCUACAGAAUGACCAAAAGCCUCUACGCCACGUCAUCCAUCGGGUUACCUAAAUGGGUCGAUGACGUGGCCCCGGAUCUAGGUUGGAUGACCCAGCGAUCCAGCUGGGUGGGAUACGUCGCCGUUUGCGAAGACAGGAGAGAGAUCGCUCGCAUGGGAAGACGCGACAUCGUAAUCUCCCUCCGCGGCACCUCCACGUGCCUCGAGUGGGCCGAAAAUCUCAGGGCCCAUUUAGUCGACAUGCCUGAUGAUAAUAACUCAGAAGCCCAAGGAAAGGCCAAAGUGGAGUGCGGGUUUAUGAGUUUGUACAAAACAAGAGGCGCGCACGUGCCGAGUCUGGCGGAGUCAGUAGUAGAGGAAGUAAAGCGUCUAAUUGAAAUGUACAAAGGCGAAGAGUUAAGCAUUACCGUAACCGGACACAGCCUGGGUGCCACGCUGGCGUUAUUGGUGGCCGACGAGAUCAGCAGGUGCGAGGCGGAAGUGCCGCCCGUGGCUGUUUUCUCCUUCGGCGGGCCGCGCGUGGGGAACAAGGCGUUCGGGGAGCGCGUGACGUCGAGGAACGUGAAGGUGUUGAGAAUAGUGAACUCGCAGGACGUGAUUACGAGAGUCCCCGGGAUGUUCGUGAGCGAGGAGCUUGAGGAGAAAAUGCGGAACGUGGGAGGGGGCGUGUUGGAGGAGAAGACGCCGUUGGCCUACUCGCACGUGGGGACUGAGCUGCGCGUGCACACCAAGAUGUCGCCGUAUCUUAAGCCCGAUGCUGACAUGGCCUGUUGUCAUGACUUGGAGGCUUACUUGCACUUGGUGGAUGGGUUCUUGGCCUCCAAUUGUCCCUUCAGACCGAAUGCUAAGAGAAGCUUGGCCAGGUUAAUGCAGGACCAAAGCUCCAAUGUAAAGAAAUUGUAUACCAGCAAGGCAAAGGCCUUGACUGUGAAUCUCAGUAGACAGAGAUCCUUGUCUAUGUCUAACUGUUUGCCUAGUCCAUCAUAAUAUAACUCUAAAUCUUACAUUUCAAUUA